AUGGAAAAGAAAAUACAUACUCUUAUCCUAUCCCUCGAUUCCAAACCCUUGCUAAUCCUCUUCCUAAUCCCUCUCCUCUUCCUCUUCGCCCUAUCCCGAGUACUCCGGCCCAAGCGAUACCCUCCUGGGCCCAUCAGCUGGCCCAUAAUCGGCAACAUGGGCCUGAUGGGCCAGCUCACUCACCGCGGGCUGGCCCAACUCGCCAAGCGCUAUGGUGGCAUCUUCCACCUCCGCAUGGGCUUCCUCCACAUGGUGGCCAUAUCAAGCCCAGAUGCGGCCCGUCAAGUCCUUCAGGCCCACGACGCCAUCCUCUCCAACCGGCCCGCCACACUUGCCAUAACCUACCUUACUUACAAUCGGGCCGACAUGGCCUUCGCCCAUUACGGGCCCUUCUGGCGCCAGAUGCGCAAGCUCUGCGUUAUGAAGCUCUUCAGCCGCAAACGGGCCGAGUCGUGGGCCUCGGUUCGGGCCGAAGUGGACCGGAUGGUUCGGGCCGUUUCCGCGGGCUCGGGAAAGCCCGUCAACGUCGGGGAGCUCGUGUUCGGGCUGACCAAGGACAUUAUCUACCAGGCCGCGUUCGGGUCGGGCUCACGGGAGGGCCAGGAGGAGUUUAUCGAGAUUUUGCAGGAGUUUUCGAAAUUGUUUGGGGCUUUUAAUGUAGCGGAUUUUGUGCCGUGUUUGGGGUGGGUCGACCCGCAGGGUUUGAACGGGAGGCUCGUUAGGGCCCGGGCCUCGCUCGAUGGGUUUAUCGACACCAUAAUUGAUGAGCAUAUGAGGCAGAAGGAGAAGACCGAAAAUGGGCCCGUUGAUAGCGACAUGGUGGAUGAGCUUUUGGCCUUUUAUGGUGGUGAUGAUGGGAAGGUAGCGUCUGCAAUAGAAUGGGCCAUGUCGGAGCUAAUGAGAAGCCCAAAUGACCUUCGAAAGGUCCAGCAAGAGCUGGCGGACGUAGUGGGCCUGGGCCGCAAGGUCGAGGAGCCCGAUUUCGAAAAACUAACCUAUCUCCAGUGCUGCAUCAAGGAGGUCCUCCGCCUCCACCCGCCGAUCCCUCUCCUCCUCCACGAGGCCUCCGCCGACGCCGUCGUUUCCGGCUACCACAUCCCGGCGGGCACGCGCGUGAUGAUCAACGCCUGGGCAAUCGCACGCGACGAGAGCGCGUGGGAGGACGCGGAGUCGUUCAAGCCGGCGCGGUUCCUGGUGGGCGGCGCGCCCGACUUCAGGGGGAGUGAUUUCGAGUUCAUACCGUUCGGAUCGGGGCGGAGAUCGUGCCCCGGGAUGCAGCUUGGGCUGUACGCGCUGGAGAUGGCGGUGGCGCACCUGCUCCACUGCUUCGAUUGGGAGCUGCCGGACGGGAUGAAGCCCGGGGACCUGGACAUGGGGGACGUGUUUGGGCUCACGGCGCCACUCGCCAAAAGGCUGACGGCGGUGCCCAGCCCCAGGCUGUUGUGCCCGCUUUAUUGA